GAGAAAAAGAGGCGUCGCUCCCUUCAGAUCCAGGCAUUGACCCAAGCCGCCGCCCGCCUACACGACUGCCGGCCCUGCACCGGCUCCCCUUCCUUUCCCUUGCUCCCUCGUCACCAUCCCUCCGUCCUCGCCCUCGCUCGGACGGCAGGGCACCGCCGAACCUCUGCUGCGCGAACGCCGAGCGCCGAGCAGUCUUGCCGUCUUGUCCGUUGCCGCCGGCGAGCGGUGACGUUCUCAAGACCUGAACCGGCCUGAUCCAUCGAGAGCUACUAGCCUGCAGUUGCAGCCUUAACUCGUAAGCACAAUCUUUGCAUCUUGUAUAAUGUGCUAAAAUCGCUUCGAGCAGUUCCAGAUCCAGUUUGCGCUUCCUAGACUACAUUCGUACUCGUACAGGGCCUGACCCCCAGCAGAUCUGAAUAGCACCGUGUACCUAGAAUGGAGGGGGAAAGUCUACUGGAGCGUAUAGUUAACGGAGACGAGAACCCGAGGGAUCUGCCAUUAGCACUGUUACGGCGCAUCACGGAUGAUUUCUCUGCAGAGAGAAAAAUUGGCCAGGGUGGAUUUGGAGAGGUUUACAAGGGUUUACUCCCAAACGGGAUUAAUGUUGCUGUCAAGAGGAUGCAUGUGGAUGCACACACAGUUGAUGACAGGCUAUUUCGCCGUGAGAUCAUUAGCCUGAUGACCAUCAAUCAUCAAAAUGUAGUCCGGUUUCUUGGCUUCUGUUCUAAUACACAUUAUAUGACAAUAAAAGAGGCUGGUUCAGGAGAAAUUAUCUUUGUCAACGUGAGAGAAAGAUUGCUCUGUUUGGAGUACAUCAGCAAUGGAAGCCUUGAUAAGCAUAUUACUGACGAAUUAAGGGGACUUGAAUGGGAAACACGUUAUAAGAUAAUCACCGGAAUUUGUAAGGGUCUGUGUUAUCUUCACGAGGAAAAGAAUAUUUCUCAUAUGGAUUUUAAACCGGCAAAUAUAUUACUAGAUGAUCAUAUGGUCCCCAAAAUUACGGAUUUUGGUUUGACAAGACCAAAUGAAAACUCAACUACUAUGGGUCAACAUUUUGGAACACGAGGAUAUCUCGCGCCGGAAUACGAGAACACUGGCAAAAUUUCAGUCAAGUCUGACAUAUAUAGUUUGGGUGCCAUAAUUCUUGAAUUAGUGACGGGGUGUAUGUCCGUCCCUGAUAAGAAUAAUGUACUUCGAAGGUGGAGACACAGGUGGAAUAAACCACCAACGUUACUACAAUACCAGCAAGUAACUAGAUGCCUUGAAAUAGCACUACAGUGCAGGCAACAAGAACCAGAACAUAGACCAUCCAUAUCGGAAAUAGUCAGAAGUCUAAGCCAGAUAAGCCCUUGUUUCGAUGAAGAUGACAUGCUUGAUAUUAAUCCGCUUGAACUAUGGCUUCCUUCUGUGCUUAAGAAGGAGAUAUCAUGCUCAAUUGAGCUAACCAAUAAUACACGUAAUUGCAUUGCCUUCAACAUCCAACUGCCAAGCAUACAAUACAGCGCACAGCCAGACAAAGGCAUUGUGCAACCAGAAUCCAAGUAUCACGUGCAGAUAAAAGUGCAAGCACGAGAUGUUCGUGAGCAUGACCAUGCCGACAAGUUCAUCGUGCAGAGCAUGAAACUGAGUGAGGGUCUUAGAGAUGAGGUUAUCACAGAAAACAUGUUCCAUCAAGAGGCUGGUGAAGUUGUUGAUGAGGUGAAUUUGAUGGUUGUAUACGGGCCUAUGAAUCCCCAAAAAUACAUGCCAGCUGAGGUGGAUAGACCUUAUUAUGAAUUAGAGAAGAAGCUACAGGAUUCAGAUGGAACACCAAUGUCUUUUCCACUAGACUUUUUGAAGGCCAUCACAUGUAAUUUUUCCAGUGAGUCAAUCCUUGGUGAAGGUGGUUUUGGAGAAGUAUACAAGGGAGUUCUUUCAAGUGGGAGCAUUGUUGCUGUGAAGAAGCUUUUUGACAUACAUUUAAAAGAGGAUGCAUUCCAGAACGAAGUAUGUUAUCUCAUGGGGAUUAAGCACCCAAAUGUAGUACAGUUACUAGGUUACUGUGCAGAAUCAAUUUGGGAAACGAUGGAGUUCCCAAGUGGUAGUGGGAAGCGUGUUUUCGCUGAAAAACCAAAAAGGUUGAUCUGCUUCGAGUAUGUAUGCAACAAAAGCCUCGACAAACAUAUUUCUGAUGAAUCUUCGGGCCUUGACUGGAAUACAAGAUACGAGAUAAUCAAGGGGAUUUGCAACGGGCUGCAUUUCCUUCAUGAAGAAUGCCGUAUGGUUCAUCUGGAUCUUAAGCCUGAAAAUAUAUUGAUGGACUCUACUAUGAUGCCAAAAAUAGCCGAUUUUGGUUUGUCGAGGAUCUUUGGCGAGCAACAAUCACGAAUUUUCACUAAUAACAAAGAGGGAACACUUGGAUAUAUGGCACCAGAGUACAGAGUCCGAGGUGUAGUAUCGUACAAGGCAGACAUCUUCAGUUUUGGUGUCAUAGUCAUAGAGAUAAUCACAGGUGGUAGGGACUAUCCAUGGGACUAUUCAUAUUUCCAGCAACAUAGUCCCAACCAUACUGAUCCAUCUUUCCAGCAGUUCACGGAGAAAGUGCUUGAGAGUUGGAAGAACAAAUUUGUAACCACACCAAACUAUAAACCAGUGGAAAAAUAUACCAAACAAGUAAGACAAUGUGUCACCAUAGCCCUAAAAUGUGUGGACCCUGGCAUGGAGAAAAGACCUAAUGCAAAGGAUAUAAUCGAGGAGCUUAAGGCAGUAGACCAGGAGGUCCAUGACUGCAUAUAGCACGCACAGUGCUACCUGACGAAAUGGAUUGGGAAGAUCAGUUGAUCGCCCAGUUUUCUUCGAAAUCUCAGAUUGGCGCCUCUCCGAUGUUAGAAGAUACAGAAAUUUCGUCAGAUGUAUGCCCAACUUUGUUCUGAACUCUAUGGCAACCUUUCGUCAUUCCAUCCUGAAGAACCAGCGGGUGGUGAAGAGAUCAACGUUCAGUAAAAGCGUGUGCUGUCAAACAAAUGUCAUGAAGCUUUUGAAGGUGCUCUGAUGAGGAGAUUGGGAGAAGAAGUGAGAAAGGAAGAAUUUGCAAACUAGGAAAUAUUCUUCUAACUGGUGCGAAGACACUUCAUCACACUGUUAAGGGAUUAUUACUGGGGCCUGAAAAUAAAGGCUGGACCUGGGUUUGGGCAGGCUGUUGUCGAGCCAUACUUGUUGUAGCUGGUCGGUCAUCUGUUUGUGUUUGAGUCGAUCAUGAUGGCUCUGCUGGCUGCUUGGAGACCGACGAAGGAAGAAGACCACAAGGAGGAGCCACCGGCCGAGAUCCGACUAUUUGUUUGUCCUGUGACCGGUCCCUUGUGACCUGGCACUGUAAUUUCUGAAGCGAUCCAUUCAACAGUGAUCACAGAGUAGGUCAGGUGGCAUUUUGCCGUCUCUUUGUCAACAUAACUGUUUGUUGGGUGGUCGUUUUUGGUUCUGUCAGCAGAGUCUAUCUGCUGCUGUAUGCAAGCAAUUACAUCAUUGCAGACGACAGUUUCCAUCUUAGAGUAUGGCGCCGAACUUUGUUUUCCGCCAGUGACAAGGUUGUUGGGCACUACUGGAUUAGGAUGUUAUGUGUAA